AUGUAAUAAAGCAUUAUAUAUUAAAAAGAAUAGACGACAAAGAGUAAGUCUAUUUUUUCUAGAAUUUGUUCUUGUUUGAGCUUCUUAAAAUCAAAACAAGACUAAACAAAUCAUUAGAUAUAUUAGCUUGGAAUUGAUAGUCCUAAAUCUUCGUUUUUAGUACUUUUCAAAAAUUAUUUGGUUAGGGAUAACGAAAACUUAUAGUUCUCGAUCUAGAUGAGACUUUAGUGCAUAGUUAGUUUUAGAUAAUAAAUGGUUAUGAUUUUGCAAUCGAUGUAAUAUACAAUUUUUAUAUCAGAUAAUUGUUUAAGGUUAAUUAUUUAAAGUUUAUGUAACAAUAAGACCAGGUGUUUAUGAAUUCAUAGAACAACUUUAUGAAUAUUAUGAUAUAGUUUUUUGGACUGCAAGUUUAUAAGAAUAUGCUGAUCCUGUAAUGGAUUUUAUUGAUCCCAAUCAUAGAGCUAUUGGUAGAAUGUAUAGAGAUAGUUGUACACCUUUACAAAUUGGAUUAACUAAAAAUCUAAAUAAAUUGGGUAGAGAUCUUAAAGACAUUAUUAUUAUAGAUGUAAUCAAUAAGAUUUAUAUAAAGAAUUCUCUUCUGUCUUUUCACUUAAAUCCAGAAAAUGGAUUUUAAAUUAAAGAUUUUUUCUUUGAUAAGUAAGAUCAAGAAUUAGAAAUAAAUAUGCCCUUUUUUAUUUGGUUGUCUUAAGUAUUAUUAUGUAAAUAUAAAAGUUACCAGAUGUACGUCCUGUUGCUAAUUUAUUUUAAUAAUUUAAAAGUACUUCAUCUGAUGUUUUGAAUAUGAGAAAUACUAUGACUCUAAACAGUUAAUUUUAAUAAAAUCAACAAAAAAAAUUUUAGAGUCUUUCAAGAUCAUUAUCUCUUUAAAAAGCAAGAAUAAUGUUAUCUAAUUAAGUAAUUAGAACAUUAACAUUAUCAAAAGAAGAAGAUGAAGAUGAAUUAGAUGAAAAUAAGAUUAGAGAAAAAUUAGGAUUGAGUUAGCCAGAAUUUGAUAAUGGAAUUCAAAAAUAAAAUUAAACUGAAGAAGAUGAUUAAGAAACUUAUGCAAUAGCACAUUGA